AUGUCAGCAACAAGAACCAGGAGAUCCUCAUCAAGGGGAUUCAUGGACCCUUUCUCUGACGCGGAAGUUUAUUAUGGGCCGAUCAAUGAUCCUAAGAAACAAAGCUCUCAGCGUGCUUUUAAUCGUUCUAGAGCAUUUAGCGUUUUUGAAAAUACAUCCACCGACAAGAAAUCCUUCGACGAGACCUAUUCAUUGCAAAGACGUGGAUCGGAAGAUGACUCUUAUUCGAGUAGUAAGGGAAAUCGUCGCUUCUUUAUCGAAAACGUUGAUAGCACAUUAGAAGAGUUGUUGAGAACAGAAGACACUGAUAGGAACUUUCAGAUUACUGUUGAAGAUAACGGUCCAAAGGUUAUGAAAGUUGGAACUAGUAAUUCAGGUGGUUAUAAUACUAUUAACGUCAGAGGAACUUAUAUGCUCUCUAACCUUUUGCAAGAACUAACUAUUGCUAAAAGUUUGGGCAGACACCAAAUCAUCUUAGAUGAAGCAAGGAUUAAUGAGAACCCGGUAGCUAGGCUGUCAAGAUUAAUUUCAAAACAGUUUUGGGAUUAUUUAACAAGGAGAAUCGAUUGUAACAACAUUGCCAAAAUUGCAAGUGAUACAAAAAUUAACACUCCUGAGGCCAAAGUGCCCAGGAUUUACAUUCCCUACAACUGCCCAGAACAGUUUGAAUUCUAUAGUAAAGCCUCCAAAAUGCAUCCAUCUUUAAAAUUAGAUGUCCAGUAUUUACCAAGCAAUAUUACUCCGGAAUAUGUUAAAUCGAUCAACGAUCGUCCAGGUUUAUUAGCGUUAGCAAUGAGGGAAUGUAUAGAUCCCGAAACUGGCGAAAAAUCCCUAACGAGUUACCCAUAUGCUGUUCCAGGUGGUAGAUUCAAUGAAUUAUAUGGUUGGGAUUCUUAUAUGAUGGCGCUUGGACUAUUGAAAAAUGGCAAAAUCGAUGUCGCCAAAGGUAUGGUUGAGCAUUUUAUCUUCGAAAUUGAACAUUAUGGUAAAAUUUUGAAUGCAAAUAGAAGUUACUAUUUGUGUAGAUCACAACCACCAUUUUUGACUGAUAUGGCAUUACAAAUUUUCAAAAGAAUAGGAGGUGAAAAUGAUCCGAAUGCUGUUGCUUUCUUGAAAAGAUCCUUUCAGGCUGCUAUCAAAGAAUAUAAGACUGUGUGGGUCGCAUACCCUAGACUCGACUGUGAUACAGGUCUAUCCUGUUAUCAUCCAGAUGGAUUAGGUAUUCCGCCAGAAACUGAAUCUGGUCAUUUUGAUGCGGUUCUCAAGCCUUAUUUGAAUAAAUAUGAUCUACCUCGUGAUGAAUUUAUCAAAAAGUAUAAUGAUGGAAAAAUUAUUGAACCCUCGUUAGAUGAAUUUUUCUUACACGAUCGUGGUGUUCGAGAAUCAGGCCAUGAUACAACCUAUAGAUUUGAAGGUGUUUGUGCAUAUUUAGCAACUAUUGAUUUGAAUUCUUUGCUUUAUAAAUAUGAAAGGGACAUCGCCGACGUUAUACAAGAAUUUUAUGCCGAUUCAUACGAAGAUCCUAACGAUGGUACAGUUACAGAUUCUGCACACUGGAGAAAACUAGCGGAGAGGAGAAAGGAAACAGUCACAAAAUACAUGUGGGAUGAGGAAUCUGGAUUCUUCUUCGAUUACAACGUUCAUGUAAAAAAGAGGACAUUUUAUCAAUCUGCAACAACAUUCUGGUCUCUAUGGUCAGGCUUGGCAACCGAUGAACAAGCAAAAACUAUGGUGGAAAAGGCUCUACCUAAUUUAGAAGUUUUAGGGGGCUUGGUGUCAUGUACCGAAAGUUCAAGAGGAGAAAUUUCACUUCUUAGACCCUCUAGACAAUGGGAUUAUCCAUUUGGAUGGGCUCCCCACCAGAUUCUAGCAUGGCAAGGUCUCUCUAACUAUGGUUUCAAGGGCGUAGCUACCCGAUUAGCUUAUAGAUGGUUGUUUAUUAUGACCAAAGCCUUUGUGGACUAUAAUGGUAUAGUGGUAGAGAAAUAUGAUAUAACUAAAGGUACUGAUCCACAUCGUGUUGUUGCAGAGUAUGGUAAUCAGGGAGCAGAUUUCAAAGGUGUCGCACGAGAAGGCUUUGGAUGGGUUAAUUCCAGUUAUAUUCUGGGAUUGGAGUAUAUGAACAAUCACGCAAAAAGGGCAUUGGGGGCCUGCAUUCCUCCUGUGCCAUUCUUUAAUAGUUUAAAACCCUCAGAGAAAAAACUUUAUGCCCUUUGA